AACAGCAGCACGCAGUAGUAGGAAAGGCAACACGAAAGCAAGCAUAAUACUACUUAGUUACGUGCCUACGUACGUAAACAGAUUAGAUAAGAAGUAAUUAAUUAAUUAAUUAUGUCGAGGGAGAGGGAUCCGCUGGUGGUAGGGCGGGUGAUAGGGGAUGUUUUGGAGGAUUUCACGAUGAGGAUCCCGCUGAGGGUGAGCUACGUGAACAACAGGGAGGUGUACAAUGGGUCUGAGCUCAAACCUUCUCAGGUUGCCAACCAACCCCAGGUCCACAUUGGCGGGGACGACCUCCGCACCUUCUACACUCUGGUUAUGGUGGACCCGGAUGCGCCAAGCCCCAGUGACCCUAACUUGAGGGAAUACUUACACUGGCUGGUGACAGACAUUCCUGCCACUACUGGGGCAACCUUUGGGCAAGAAGUGGUGUGCUACGAGAGCCCUCGGCCGUGGGUGGGGAUUCACCGCUUCGUAUUUGUACUGUUCCGGCAACUGGGCCGCCAGACGGUUUACGCGCCCGGUUGGCGCCAGAACUUCAACACCAGAGACUUCGCGGAGCUCUACAAUCUGGGCCUGCCCGCCGCUGCCGUCUACUUUAACUGCCAGAGGGAGACCGGCUCCGGGGGAAGGCGAAUAUGAUCCAUCCAUCCUUCGUACCCAUGCAUUCGCCUCCUUUCGCCGGCCGGCCAGCCUAGACCACACGAAAAAAAUAAUAAUAAUAAAACAGGAAUAACAAUGUUGUCCUCGAUCUCCCGCAAGCCAGGCGGGAAGGCAGCUGUUAGUUAAACCCCGGGCCCGGGGGUUACUUAAUAAUUAGUCAGACGUGAAGACGCAUACCGAAAAGGUUACUAGCUACAUAUACUUGUCCUCUCCUACAAAGAUAUCAAUAGUCAUAGUGUAAUCAUAUUAAUAAUAAUAAUAUUAUUAUUAUUAUUAUAUAAAAUAAAAUAAAAAAAUCAGA